UCCGGGCUGGUUUUGAAAUGAUCGGCCCGGAACCGAUGUCAGGUUUAAUUUCAAGACUCUUCUGUCUGCACAAGACGACCGAAGGAAAUUUUUAAUUUAUUAAAGACCUAAUUGUUGAAAUCAGUAAAAUAAAAUUGGGAUUGAAGUUUGAUUUCGCACAUUGGAAAUGGCGAGAUCAACGAGCAAGGAUGCACAAGCUCUCUUCAAUUCACUUCGGUCUGCUUAUGCUGCUACUCCCACGACCCUUAAGAUCAUCGAUCUCUAUGUGGGCUUUGCUGUUUUCACUGCUCUGAUUCAGGUAGUCUACAUGGGUAUUGUUGGAUCAUUCCCAUUCAAUUCUUUUCUUUCAGGAGUACUUUCUUGUGUAGGCACGGCCGUCCUUGCUGUUUGCCUCCGUAUUCAGGUGAACAAAGAAAACAAGGAAUUCAAGGAUUUACCUCCGGAGCGCGCCUUUGCUGAUUUUGUUCUCUGCAACUUGGUGCUCCAUUUGGUGAUAAUGAAUUUCUUAGGUUAAAAUUUUUGGGCAUAGAUUUUGUUAUGUGUAACUGCGAGUCAUAAAAAGGUUUAAUGCUAGCAAUGCAGCAAAUUUCCUUUGGCUACUAUUGCAGUUUGGAGUUUUGUUUAUUUAGUUAUUUACAACAAUGAGAACUAUGCAUUGCUUAGGUGACCAUAUAUACCCCUGAUAAAUUGUUUUGUAUUAAUCAAGAAUGAUUGACUUUUUUCUUUUUCUUCUUUCUUUUUAAUGUAGAUCCUUGAUUUUACUUGAUAA